AUGGCGUUUAGUGAAGACACAUCAACGAAUAUUGGUACUUAUGAUGUCGUUCAAGCAUUCAAAAACAGUCAACUAUGUAAAGUAUGUGAGAGCGAAAAUGCUAGAAUGAACUUUAGUGUAUUAUGUUGUCCUCCAUGUAAAGUAUUCUUUCGACGAAAUGCUCAAAUGGAUCUCAACACGAAUCAAUGUAUAUACGAUGGACAUUGUGAUGUCACUGUUAAGAGUCGACAAAUAUGUCGAUAUUGUCGAUUUAAAAAAUGUUUGUCUGUUGGAAUGCAAAGAGAAUUGAUUCGUGCUUCACAUGGUCCUCAGAAUCGCCUUCGAGUGAAUAAUAAACAGUUAGCUACAAAGAUCAGUUCAAUUAAUAUCUCGAGAAAUAGAAUAAUUUUCUCGUUAGGCGUCAUUCCGACACUUAAUUUACUUCGCAAUGAUCGAUCAUUAUUAACAGUUGAACAAUGGUCUCUUUUAUCGAAUGUUGUGAAUGUUUAUGAUGCUAAAUCUCCUGUCGCCAAUGUUCGCAAUAUAUUAUCUAUUCAGUCAUCUUUUCCACCAAAGAUACGUUUGAAAAUAGCUGCAACCAAUAUGAUGGACAUCAUUGGUUCACAAUUCGUCGCUGUUUAUUCAUUUGUUGAGGCAAUACCUGAGUUCGCUGCUAUGCCACCUAGUGGUCAAGCCACACUCAUGGAGAGAAAUAUUCUAAAUACCGGUGGUUAUAGUGGUGUCGUCAUAUUUCGAGAGGCAGGCGUUUGCUCUAGUGAAGUAUUUCAAAAUGGCUUUCUUUCUAAGUAUGGAUCUCAACUUACCAAUGAAGUAACUAAAGUCAUUGGUCGAACACCUAUGGAUUUAACAUUACUCAAAUUAUUGAUACCUAUUGUUAUGUUUUCAACAUGUUCCGAUGUUGUCUUUCCAGUUAUCAAGAACGUUGAUCGAGACAACAUCACACGUGAAGAAACUGGUUUUCUUCCGAAUACAAAGCAUUUAUUAAAAAUUCAAAAUAUUUAUGUUGAAAUAAUGUUCAAAUACAUGAUAUAUCGGUACGGUUAUGAUGAAGCAACGAUGCGUUUUGCUGGUAUUAUUAAGCAUUUUCUCGAUCAAAGUAUGUGUUCAAAACAUGCUAACGAAGUUCAAGCACAUGCAGAGAUGGUGGAGACGAUUGUCAUCGAAAGCGAACGAUUAUUAAUAUCGAAAGAUCGAAUCGACCAGUGA